AUGGCGGAGAGCGGCGGGAUGUGGGGGAGAGCGACGGCGGCAGUGGCGCCCCCGGUGGUCAGCGUUGAGGGAGAGGGCCGAGUCGGGGCCGCGGGGGAGGAGAGGUGGCGCCACUUCGACAGCUCCGUCAACGCCGUCUCCUUCGGCUUCGUGGCCACCGCCAUCCUCAUCGCCAUGUUCCUCGUCAUGGCCAUCUUCGAGCGCUUCCUCCGCCCCAGGCCCAGGGCCCCGCCGCCGUCCAGGCGGGCGUGGCACCGCGGCCUGUGGGGCUUCGCCGGCGACCCCCAUUCUCCACCGCAGCAGCCCCUCCACGACGGAGACUCACCCCACCACCUCCGGCAGGCUCCCUACGCCGGGAAGCUCGAUCAGCUCCCCCCUCCCAAGGUGAGCUGAUUACUCUCCUCCCCGUGCCCUUUCUUUCAGGUUCUUAGCUCAGAUUACCCCCUCUGGGAAUCAAUCACCCCACUUCCCCCAUCUUCUCCGGCUUUUCCUCUGCAACAGUCAUCAUCUUCUUCUUUCUUUAAUCCACGGUCGGCCAGUGGACACUUCCUACAGUAGAAAAACUGAGAAGAGGACGAUCUCCAGGGCUACGGUGAACUAGAGGGAGCCGUGCUUCCAGGGGAUCCCCUCGGGCCAAUGAGUCAAGAGUGUGCUUAUUCGUGGGGACCUCGGGAGCUCGUUAAUGGCGGAGCCCGGGAAAGACGAGCCCUCCUCUCCCCCAUACAUCGUAGGAGGCUAGGUUCAGCAGAACGUUGCUCCCACCCACAUCGGAGAAACAGUCAAUCAUCGGAUAAAAAUGAGGGCCCUACUACUGAGUUUCUCUCUCGGGCCGGGCGUUUACUUAUUCGUCGUGUAUUAUGAUUGGAAUGGUGACUUUGACGAUUUGACCAAGACAAAUCCUACCUUUUUUAGCGAGCUGAGUCAAGUCAUUGAUGUUGCUCUUCACGGGUUUGACACUCUUCAUUACAAAAAUCAACUUUUCUGGGUUGUCAGUGGCUCUUCCUCCUCCAUCGAGCUGCCCCGGACGCAUUGACUUCGAUUAUGUGAAAGUCAAUGCUGUUCCUCGUGGGUGGGAUUUUGACUUUCUUCGUGAAAUCACUCGGCUUUUUCCCUCACCCUGAUCUGGCGCUCCUUGUUCUUGCAGGUGCCCGUCCACGCCCAGGAAGUCUCCGUGUUGAUGCCGGGGCAGGCCGUCCCGACCUUCAUAGCCCAACCGGCCCCGCCUCCAUGCCCACGGGAGCCCGUCGCCUGGCCCUCCCAUCACCACCAUAUCCCGCUGCCUGGCGGCGCCUCCUAG